UCUAGCCCCCGUCUCCGACACAAAAGUAAAGCCAAAAUAAGAAAACGCACCAAAUCCCCUGCAUCUCUUUCGAUCAGUCUCUUCUUCUCCACUCUUCUGCUCAAUGAGCUUCUCCGCGUCAAACGCCUUCCUUCCCCCAACCAAAGGGGAGAGCGAUCGCCCGAAGAUGCAAGCAAUAGCAUCAUCAAGAAAUACCGCUCAUCCAUUCCCCUUUAUAUUCUUGCAAUUCCUCCUACUUGUAUUACAAGCGCUAGCGCCUGCUGGAGCCCACCGGAGCCCCUCCUCCUACGCGUCGUCGGCCCUGACGGAGUGGCGAUCCGCCCACGCCUCCUACUACGCCACCUUCGAGCCCCGCGACACCGUCGGAGGUGCCUGUGGAUAUGGGGAUCUGGGGAAGAGUGGGUACGGGAUGGCGACGGCGGGCCUGAGCGAGGCUUUGUUCGCCAAGGGGGAGGCGUGCGGGGGCUGCUACGAGGUGCGGUGCGUGGAGGAGCUGCGGUACUGCCUCCCGGGGACGUCCAUCGUGGUGACGGCGACCAACUUCUGCGCCCCCAACUACGGCCUUCCCUCCGACGCCGGCGGGAUCUGCAACCGCCCCAACAAUCACUUCCUCAUGCCCAUCGAGGCCUUCGAGAAGAUCGCCAUCUGGAAGGCCGGCGUCAUGCCCAUCCAAUAUCGCCGGGUCAAGUGCGUCAGGCAGGGAGGCAUCCGAUUCACGAUGGAGGGCCGGGGUUUCUUCAUUAACGUGCUAAUCAGCAAUGUGGCUGGUGCCGGAGACGUGACGGCGGUGAAGGUGAAGGGGACGAUGAUCGGGGGGUGGCUGCCCAUGGCCCGGAGCUGGGGCCAGAAUUGGCAUAUCAGCGCCGACCUCAAGGGGCAGGCCCUCUCCUUCGAGCUCACCAACAGCGACGGCGUCACCCUCACCUCCUACAACGUCGCCCAAAAGGACUGGGAGUUUGGCCGGACGUAUAUCGGCAAGCAAUUCCCUUUCUAAUUAUAAUGACUAAACCCACUUUUAUUCUUAAAAAAAAUUUUGUUGCUUGCUACUAUUUGUGUAUUCCUAUCAUGCAAACUCUGUCCAUGAAAGGUGGAAAUUAGCCACAAAAAAGCCCAAAGAAAAUUGGGCGCAGGAAAGUCCAUAUUUUGUCUUCGUCCGGAUUCGUGAUUGGGUGAUUGUGAAAGUUCCCUG